UCCCGACGGAGCCGUCUUCAUGUUGCGGUCUCAUGACUUCAUUCUUUAGGAUGAAGAAUGUAAAGAUAUCACAUUUGCCUCUGGUUUUUGUGUUCGCGCAGGCCUGCUUUGCACAAGCAGACUUCGCACCCUAUUUCUACGACAAUGGACCCUACAGCCGCAACGGGAACCUGGCACUGUUCAGCCUCUCAGAGGACACACCUGUCGGUACACAGAUCUAUUGUCUCAAUGGCACAGACCCUGAAGGCCAGGAGGUGAGGUAUGGCCUUUCCUUUGAUCCAGGGUCCAAAGAAUACUUCAGGGUCGACCCUGUAUCCGGAAACAUCACAUUGGUGGAAGAGCUGGACAGAGAGAAACAAGAUUCUGUUGACGUUCUUGUCAGCAUCACAGACGGACGAAGCCAGGUUGUGGAAAGAGUCACAAUAUUCAUAAUGGAUGCAAAUGAUGAAAAACCUGAAUUCCAAAACAUGCCGGCAAUCAUUGAUGUACUUGAGACAACUGAGUCUGGCAGCAGCAUCUACAAAGCCGAGGCAGUGGACAGGGACACGGGGUCCGGUGGCUCAGUCACCUACUACCUCCAGAAUCCUCAGUCCACUUUGUUUGCCGUGGACAGACAUAGUGGUGUCCUUCGAAUCAAAUCGGGGGAAAUGUUGGACUAUGAGAAAACAAAGACACACUUUGUCACUGUCAUUGCCAAGGACGGUGGCGGUAAUUUUAACGGCAAGGAGCAGUUCAUGUCAUCAUCUGCUACCCUGACGAUCAAUGUGAUCGAUGCACAGGACACUCCGCCAUCUUUUAUUGGGACACCGUAUUUUGGCUACGUUUAUGAAGUCUCAGUCCCGGGAUCUGAAAUAUUCACUGUUUUAGCCAAAGACGGUGAUGUGGGAAACCCAAACCCAAUCCGUUAUUCCUUUGAUGAGGGUGACGACGGUGUUUUUCACAUCAACAAAACAAGCGGUUGCAUCACCCUGCUGACUCUCCCCAUUUAUCUGAAGAGAGAAAUCUUUAACAUUAAAGUCAAGGCAUCAGAGGUAAGUCCCGAAGGCAGGCUCCUGGACUACGGGGUGACCACGGUGGUGAUCCGUGUGGUGGACCUCAACAAUAAUCCACCCACUUUCUAUGGAGAAAACGGCCCACAGAGCAUGUUUGAGUUGACCAUGUAUGAGCAUCCACCGGAAGGAGAGAUACUCCGCGGGCUGAAAAUCACCGUCAACGACUCUGACCAGGGUGCAAACGCUAAAUUCAAUCUGAGACUGAUCGGACCAGGAAGGAUGCUGCGAGUCGUCCCUCAGACUGUACUCAAUGAGGCACAAGUCACAAUCUUAGUGGAAGACUCUGCUGCCAUGGACUAUGAGAAACACCAUUUUCUCACAUACAAGCUACUUGCAGUUGAGAUUGAUACACCUGAGAGAUUCAGUGCCACGGCGGACAUUGUCAUUCACCUCCUGGACACCAAUGACAACGCUCCCAAAUUCUCCUCAGAUUACUACAUCGCCAGAAUUCCAGAGAACUCGCCCGGUGGCUCCAAUGUGGUCUCAGUCACGGCAACAGACCCCGACUCGGGAUCUUGGGGUGAAGUAAAGUACUCCGUCUACGGAUCAGGGGCUGACCUAUUCCUGAUUCAGCCUGCAUCUGGGAUCAUCUACACCCAGCCGUGGGCGAGCCUGGAUGCGGAGGUGAGGUCCAAGUAUAACUUCUACGUGAAGGCAGAGGACUCAGAAGGGAAGUACAGCCUGGCUGAGGUCUUCGUGACCGUCCUGGACCUGAACGACCACCCGCCUGCAUUCAACGACAACUUCCUCGAGACGACUAUGGUGAUCGGGGCACCGGUGAAAAUAGAGGCUGUAGACGAUGAUGCAGAAGUGCCCAACAAUGUUAUCGAGUACGCCAUCAUGAAAGCUGAGCCAGACAACAACAUCUUUGACAUUAACGCUGACACGGGGGAGAUCGUGCUCAAGUCCUACAUCAAGUCAAUGGCCAUCAUUCAGAACAUCACCAAGCAGAGAGACUGCACCUGGUCGCUGGUGGUGCAGGCCCGGGACCGAGGCCAGCCGUCCUUCAGCACCACUGCAGUCGUCAAGAUCGACAUCACUGAGGCUACCCAACUCAGUGGGGGGCCUUUGGGAUCAUUUUUGAUGCAGAGUAAAAACAAGCCUUUGCAAAUCCUAGGCAUGCUUGCUGGUGUCAUUAGUCUCAUGGUCAUAGUCACAGUCAUCAUCUCCACUGCAACAUUCAUGCGCAACAAAAAGUCCAACCGUAUCCUGCCUAACCGCCGCGUGAGGAGGAGGCCACGGAAACAGCAGGCCUGGAACUUCAAAAACCCCUUCAAGAAACCGGAAACUCCCGGAGAGAAAUUCAGAGUGGAAGAGGAGGAGCAGGAGCCGGAGGUCAUUGUGGAGAACAUCAAUUAUAAUAACAAUGUCAACAAUGUUGUGAGACACUGGCCACCACCACCCCCACCGCCGCCUUCCGCCCCGUGUCUGCCCCCUCCUCCACCACCCUACAUCCCGGGGGACAGGCAGAGGGCGAUACCCACCGUCUCAGCGACAGUGGCACCCAAACCUAAAAAGAAGCCAGUUGUGACGAGACAGGACACAGUGAACAAAGCGCUGGUUUCAGAGCUCAAGAUGAGACUGGAGCAGAAGAGGAUGAUGAAGCAUCACUAG